CUCUCUGUCUCUGACGCAUUUGUAAGAGGAAGCCUUCGCUUGGAGCAAGAAGACGCGUUGAAAUUUUAAGUUCACGAAAACCUAAAUCAUUGGCGAAAAUGGUGAUGACAAGAAGUACUGCGGUUGGAUCCAUUGUGACAGGAUCGAUGAUGCUUGGUUUUGCUCUCAUCGCUGUUAUUUGUGGCGCGAUUUCAGGCAGUAAACUGUCUGGAAGAGCCGCUUCACACGCUGGUCUAUGGUCGCUUUAUCUUGGUGUUCCUGGAAUCCUGAGUAUUGUGGCUGGAGCUACGAAGAAUGGCAUUGUGAUGGCCUUUGCUUUGUUCUUUAAUAUUCUUGCUGUUAUCGUAACAAGCAUUGCUAGCGUUGUCGUUCUCCUCCUUACGAUCGUUUUUAACGAGUUCCAGAAAGUCGAUUGCCAUCUAACUGAUGAUAACAAAUGCUCUUGCUAUAAAGGCGAGGAAUCAGGGACCUUUGACAUGAAGUGCGAUGAUCUUGAAACAGUUCACUCUGUUUUGGUCGCUCUUCUUAUCGUCUUCAUCAUUCUCACCAUAGUAACGUUCACUGCAUCAAUCUUUGGAUGUAUGGGAACAUGUUGUGCACCACAUGAUCCAGUUGUGGUAGUAACUGCUAAUGCACCUGCUCAGUCACAAAAUACUAUUGUCGUGACGUCCAACCAAUCAUCAGCCCAACAAGGCUAUUUUGGCCAACCCAUGGUCCAACCUGUGUCUCCCCAGUCCCCUCCAUAUGGCUAUGGUGCGCAACCUCCAAUGUACAACGAAAAGGGUGGCUUCGAAAAUCCGAUGAGUUCUUAAAAUGGGAAGGAAUUCCGUCUUUUUUUCUUGUGUCUAUUUUGAAAACCUCCAUAUAUUCUUUUUUUAUGAUUUGAAACUGACUAGCGUAAGACUUGUUUUUGAGAGAUUAGGAAUGCAAUGAUAUAUAACAAUAACGCGAGAUUGCUUUGAAAGUGGCAUAUGUGUGUCAUUUUUAUUUGCCUAAACAAUCUAAUAAAUUUAUAUUUGAAGCUUUAUAUUAAUUAGUGCAAUAAAAUCAAGUUAAUCAACCGCUUGAA